AUGUCUGAAACUAUCGCCGGUCUCUCCCUUCCCCAAGACUACCCUGAGGUCGUUAAGGCCAACAAGCCUAUUCUUGAUCUCUUCUCCUUGAAAGGAAAGGUCGCUUCGAUUACUGGUUCGUCGUCAGGUAUCGGCUUCAGUGUCGCUGAGGCCUUCGCCCAAGCAGGUGCAGACAUUGCCAUCUGGUACAACAGCCACAAUCCCGAGGAGAAGGCUAAGAAACUUUCCAACACUUACGGCGUAAAAGUCAAGACCUACAAGGUCCCUGUGACCGAUCCUGAUGCUGUCGAGGCUGCCAUUGCCCAACAGGUCAAGGACUUUGGCAAGAUUGAUAUCUUCGUCGCCAAUGCCGGUGUUCCCUGGACUAAGGGCCCUCUGAUUGACCCUCCCAACCACGAUGAGUGGAACAAGGUUAUCAACCUUGAUCUGAAUGGUGCCUACUACUGUGCCAAGGCCAUUGGUCGUGUGUUUAAGAAACAGGGCUUUGGUUCCCUGAUUUUCACUGCAUCAAUGUCUGGUCACAUUGUUAACGUUCCCCAGAUGCAGGCCUGCUACAACGCCGCCAAGGCUGGUGUGCGUCACCUGGCUACAUCAUUGGCUGUUGAGUGGGCUGGUUUCGCUCGUGUUAACAGCAUCUCUCCCGGUUAUAUCAACACUGAGAUCUCUGAUUUUGUUCCUCAGGAGACCCAGAACAAGUGGUGGGCACUUACCCCCCUCGGUCGCGGCGGUCACCCCCGCGAGUUGGUCGGUGCAUACCUGUACUUGGCUUCUGACGCUGCCACCUACACCACCGGUACGGACAUUGUCGUUGAUGGCGGUUACACUCGUCCUUAA